AUGGCGAGACCCCAAGAUACGGCUUUGGCCCGAUUCUAUGACCACCCUAAGGUGCACAAAGACAACGCUUCUAUCCGACCCAUCGUGUCGCUCAAAGGGACUCCAAUGUACGGACUGGCUAAUUGGCUGUACCGGCCUCUCAAGUUCUUGACCGCUGAGUCAGACAUCACGGUCUCUUCCUCAGCACAAUUCCUGGAGAAACUCAAAGGGGUAAGCCCCCAUCUAAAUGAGGUCAUGGUAUCUUUCAAUAUUAUGUCCGUUUUUAUUUCUAUUCCCCAGGAUCUGGCGAUCGAAACCAUCGAUCUGCUUCUACAAAACAAAUACGAUGAAACGGAGAAUCGUCUUGGACACGCCCAAGUCCUUCAGUAUCUGAACUUCUGUCUCAGGACUUACUUCACGUUCGACGGGACAGUCUACGAACAGGUGAAGGGCACGCCAAUGAGUUCGCCGAUUUCGAGAAACAUCGCCUAG